CUCCGUCUCGCCACGGUGGCACACUCUAGCUGCCACUCCACGGUUUGGAGCAGCGAACACUACCUACUACUGUCAUAGCCACCAGCCUCAUGCUACUCCGGUCGCAAUCAUCUUCCAUUGAGGGAUCCUACCACGUCGGUUCUAGUGGCGACGCCAUGACCCCGCCGCUCUCGUCAACCUACAACUUUGGCACGGAUGACAUGCUUAUUGACCCACGACUGUUUGUGUCACAAGCCCAAUGGGUCGACAAGAGCACUCGAAGUCGCUGCCUCGUGUGCGUGCGAGACUUCAACCCAGUAUGGCGAAAAAAGCACACGUGUCGCAUGUGUGGGGACGUGGUGUGCAGCCGCUGCUCGGUCCACAAGCAUGUUGACCUUCCGUUGAAGGACAACCUGUUCCGAAUCUGCACUUGGUGCUUUCUCCGCGUUAGACAAUCGCCGCCCACGUUGGUAGCAGUGGCGGCUGUCAAGGAGAUUGACGAUGACCAGUUUCUCGACAGUGAUUACACGCGGUCCACAGAAGACGUCGACGACGACCAGUCGGAAGACGAUGGCAUGAUGUACAACGUCGUCGAGGACUUUGUCGACCCAGAUUUGGAGCUGUUAAAGAUGCGGGAACAGGAGCUGGAAGCCCAAGUCAAAGCUAGUCGACUCAAAGUUGAUGCGUUGGAGGCACAAAUUCAAGAGUCUGAACGCCAUGUCAACUUGACCACCAAGCAGCAGCGCGAGCUCGCCGAGGCCCGCGCGUUGAUUGCCGAUCUCCAACGGCAGCUCCAGGAGAAAGAGACCGCGCACUACACAGCCCGCAUGACGAUCCAUGAAGAUGCAUUCCACCAUCGUAUGUCAUUGACUGGUAGCACAAGUAGUAGUCGGCGACCGUCCAGCGCAGUUGCACCCCCCCUUCGCCACCCCCCGCCGCCUCCAUCGGCCCCAUCUGCAACGUCAGUAAACACGACAAGCCACGAAGAAGACGCGGCGCGCUUGCGGCGCCAAUUGGCGAAAAUGACCCGGCAAAUGACCCAAGCUGGCCUCAACGUCGCAGACGACAUCCCGUACGAAGAAGCCAAGCAGCGCGUGGCCGAGAUCUCUCGGCGCAUGCAAGAGAUCGGGUCGGCCGAAGUCGUCGUACUUGACAAUCCGAGACAACAGGCGGCGUUACGGAAGGAGUACUUCCAGCUGGAACAGGAUAUGGAAAAGUACAACACGGCGCUGAUGGUGUCUGACGAGUACAUGGCGGAGCAAGCCGCGGUCGCCAAGCGGUGGGAAGAUCGGCACGCAGUCGCCAACGAAGCCGCGCUGCGGACGCUGCGGAGUUGCGUGCCCGUGGACAUGGCCAUGCUGAGCGAGAAGCAACUGACGGCGCAACUGAACUCCCCUGACUUGGCUCGGAAACUCAAGCGGGCGAACGUGUUGGGACUUUGUCGCAUGGACCCAUCGACGAUCCAGCGCAUGCACCCGAGCCUCGUGGAAGGCUACCGCGUGGUGGGGCUGAGUGUGCUGGAGCGCAGGGCGCUGCACGUCGUGUUGGCGGCGCCGAUGGCCGAAUGGAAGAAACAAGCGAAAGACGAACUGGCCAAGCGAAAACUGGCGUGGGCUGUAAAACUUCGGGAUGCGCUGGUCGCGGCGAUGGCAACGUACGACAGUCACUUGGGUCACGCGACCGAGGCGACACAUGUGUGCAACCAGCGCCAUCAGUGUCCAGUGACGUUGGAAGCCAAAGCGCGCGCGUUGUAUGCAACCGAUUUGGGGUACCCCCAAGACGCUGUGUAUUACGUCCACGAAGUGGUGCAGGCCACGUCGUCGUCAUCACCAUCCGACCCCCCUUCCCAGCGCGACGACGCCGCGACGGAAGGCGGGACGCAAGAGCGUCUCGCCCUCGUUAAACGGCACUACAAGGGCAACGUACUCCAGGUGACUCAAGCCAUGGGGGCCAUCGAAGAAAUGAACGCUACACUGCUGGCGUUGGCGGCGGCCGAGACGGCGUUGGUGCUGCAACAUGGCAAGGACACGGAGCGGUUGGCGGCGCUCGUGCUGUCUGCGCGAGAUGCGAUAGCAUCCAUGGCCAAACGCAGCGGUAUCUGCCUCGUGGGCAAACGAGAUCGGGCCAAAGACAAGGUGGACUGUCGCAGCAGCGUCGAAGCGAGUGUGGCCCAGAUGUUGGCGGCCUAUGUAGACGACAUGCGCGACGAAAUGGAAGUGCACAUGCUGUGUGUGGACCCCGUGCACAAGUGCGUUGCGUGGCUGCAAGCGCUGGCGUCACUCGUACCCGACGUGAAAGCCCGAAAUGCCGCCAAGAUGAUUGAGACCGGCGAAGCCAUGGCAGGACACUCGGCAGGGGUCAAGCGGACCUCAUGGAAAGACAUCAAAGUUGGCGCGACAGGGGUUCACGCGGACGGAAAAGCUCGCCUUCGGUCGUGUCCGGCGACGUUGCCACCACACAAGGCAGCAGGAAAUGGCGUAAAGCCUGGACCGCCGUUGAAUUUCCUCGAGGAAUUGAAAAAAGCUAAAGCCGCCAAGGCGUCGACCCCGGCAAACGACAUGCUGGCGAAGAUCCGCGCCCGUCGCAACAGCAAGGCCGAGUCGACAGAACAAAGUAGUAGUGACCGAACAACGAAAUUUGCAAACACAGCAUAAUGAAAAUAGCGUGGCAAUUGACUCGAAAA